AUGGCCGAAAGUGAAGCAGAAAGGAUGGAAAAAUCUGGAGAAUCAUCACAAAUUCAGCAAGAUGUCGAAUCUGGCGAAUCAUCACAAAUUCAGCAAGAUGUCGAAUCUGGCGAAUCAUCACAAAUUCAACAAGAUAUCGAAUCUGAAGAAUCAUCACAAAUUCAACGAGUCGUCGAAUCUGAAGAAUCAUCACAAAUUCAACAAGAUGUCGUCGAAUCUGAAGAAUCAUCACAAAUUCAGCUAGAUGUCAUCGAAUCUGGAGAAUCAUCACAAAUUCAACAAGCUGACGACGAAUCUGAAGAAUCACCAGAAGUUGUCGAAGAAGCUCCUUGGCCAGCAAAUAAGGAAGGGUAUAGGUUGGACGAAAUAAUUGGAAGUGGUGCAACAUCUACCAUUUAUAGGGCUUUUUGCAUGGAACGAGGAACGAUAUGUGCGAUCAAACGUGUUGAUAUUGAAAAACAUAAUUUAACGCAAUUGGGAAAUGAAAUUAAAAAUUUAAUGGCAUGUAGACAUGCUAAUAUUGUCAGUUAUUAUACAUCAUUUCAAUUGGGGAAAACUAUGUGGAUAGUAAUGCGAUUGCUUGAUUGUGGAAGUUUACGUCUAAUUAUUGAUCGUCAAAUUAAAGCGAUGGGUGGCCGUUAUGAGCUUAACAAAGGUGUACUAUCUCAACCUGUAAUUGCUACAGUACUAAAAGAAGUUUUACUUGCAUUAGAUUAUAUUCAUCGUAGUCAACUUGUUCAUGGCGACAUUAAGGCUGCAAAUAUAUUACUAUCAUCAGAAGGAGAUGUUCAACUUGCCGAUUUUGGUCCUUCGAUUUGGUUAGAAUCUGAAGAGAGAACAAGGAAAAGUAUGCCAGGAACAUUAUGUUAUUUGGCACCUGAAUUAGCUAUUUCAGAAAUGGAUUAUUCAAAGAAGCCAUUCGUUCAUACAUUUACUCUUGAUAUAUGGAGUUUAGGCAUAACAGCAAUGGAAAUGGCCACCGGAUAUCCACCAUAUCAUAACAAAAUUGCUACAUUGACAUUAAAAUUGAUACGAGAAAGUGAUCCACCAAGCUUAGAGAUGUAUGAAUUAUGUGAUUAUCGUGAAUACGGAAGACAAUAUCGUCAUUUUCUUUCAUUAUGUUUAAAGAAAAAUGCAAAGCAACGAUGGUCAGCAAGAAAACUUCUCACUCAUCCAUUUAUUGCUGGUAAAGCUAAAAGUGCUGAAUUUCUUGCUGAUACAUUACUACGUAUUAUACAAUCUGCUGAACCAUCAACUAGUGCUGAACAAAAUUCAACCAGACAACUUCCACCAAUUAUUGAUAUUGAUGAUAAUGUGGAAAUCGAGCAACCCAAUGUCGAUUGGGAUUUUGAUGUUGAAGAAGAACGUCCGGUCAAUCGUAUAAACAAAACGCAUAUUCAAAUACCACCAACAAUUCCGCCAAGUGCAGAAAUAUCGAUGUAUGUAAACAUCAUUGAAUGCAUAGAAAACCAAGCUAGAUCUGAAAGGCUUUUAAUGGCGGAAGAAUUAUUUCACAGUUGUAAAUAUUCAAUCGAAGAUCAAGUAUUCCAACUCGUUGAAAAGCGAAAAUUGGAAGCCAGACUUAUGGUAACUGUUGUGGCAAACUUAAGCAAAGUUGUUACCGCUGCACAACAUCAGGAUAUCGAAGGCAAAUAUUUCGCGUUUAUUAUUGAAAAACGCAAAGCACUCGUAACUGUUCUAGAAAUUUCCAUCAAUAUUUGGCGUUAUAUUACAGACCAUAGAGUACCGCACUAG